UAGGAGGAGACGAGGUCUAUUUGAACGACGAAGAGCGCGCUCGCAAACAUUCGAGAGGGAAACAAAGAAGCAGUCAACAUCCCGUUGCUGUUGGACGCCAAAAAAACAAAACAAAAAACUGGAAUAAUUUACUUUUCUCAUCAGGUUUUUUUUCGCAAUCACAAGGUUUCCGUCAUGUCUCACAAACAGAUCUACUACUCUGAUAAAUACGACGAUGACAAGUACGAGUACAGGCAUGUAAUGCUACCCAAAGAGAUCGCAAAGCGUGUACCCAAGACCCAUUUGAUGUCGGAGACCGAGUGGAGGAACCUGGGGGUCCAGCAGAGCCAAGGAUGGGUGCAUUACAUGAUCCACCAGCCAGAGCCACACAUCUUGCUGUUCCGGCGCCCUCUGCCCAGCCAAAAGUCAUAAGGGAGAGAUUCUCUGGGUCCUUGAAAGAUCAGUCCUACUUAUGUGCCACAGAUCAACUCAUCAAAAUAGUGAUCAUGCUGUCAGAUUACCAAGCUCUUGUGUGGUAGGUGACUUAUUUGGGCUGAUCACGUUGGACCUGGAGGAGGACUAUCACAUUUAUGAACAGUGGUUGUGGAAUGGAGUAUACGUUGAAGGAAAAGGAAAAAAAAAAUCACCCUUCUCUUUGGGGGGGAGACUUCUUCAUGUGUUAACAACACGCCGUCUGCCAGAAACCUUCAAAUCAGCUCACACUGUCUGUUUGACUUAACCUAUCUCUCCAACUUGUUGAACCUGCUUGGAUAUUCCAGCUUUUUAGAACAACUGUUUAUAAGAUGUGGGAAGUGAAACGUGUUAAAACAUUUGAGUAAUUCUAACUAAGUGCAUUCUGGGUUUGGGUCAGAACACAAGCCAGAUGGAAUAGUUGGAUCCUACAUUUAAGUUUGACUCUGAAACAUCAAAUAGCGGUUUUAAGUGACAUGUUGCUGCUUGGUUUAAAUGACACUGUAAAUUGGCAUUUAACAUUUUUUGUCAUGUGCAUUGAAAGCCGCGUCCAUAAGAGUCACCUAGAUACUGGUUUUGAUCCCUUUUCCAUAAGAGCAUAUUAUAUUAGCUUUGGCCUACUUUAAAACAAAUCUUUUUGAUGGGUCUGGUUGUACCAGUGCGCUGCUCAGUAUUUAUGAAUGUGUUGCCCUUUAUGAAAUAAAUGUAAACUUUUAAAUCUUAUUAGUGUGGACUUGUGUUUUGGCAGUAUUUGAGGUUAACAACUACUGUACGAUUACACAACCACUUGACACAUGAAAUUGCAUGUGGUGGAACAAAAGGCAGUUGACAGCUUUGAUGGCAGACACUACCCUAAAAUGCUCUUAUAGAAUAAAUCCGGAUCAUUGACUGAGAUGUUGGAAGGCCAAUUUUGUUUAUUUUGGUAUUAAAUAAUGCAUUAAGGCACUUGUUUUCAUUGUCAAACUUGUUCUGAACGCGCACUCUGACAUUUGUUUACCUUCUGUCCUUUUUUUACCACCACGUACUGAGCUGCUCUGCUGUCGCUGAGGCAAACAUUUAGCCUUGAAUUGUUCUGUGAACUUGUGCCUUUUUUGUAGGUCUUACACAUGUAGGUUUAGAGCUGUUCUACCUUUUCAGAAUUAUUAAAAAAAAAUCAAUGUGGGCAAAGUUGUGAUGCAUUUAGUCUUUUAUGAAACAACUGAAAUGAAAUCUGUGUUGGAUGAAAUGCUCCUCUGUACUCUUACAGUGGUGUGUGAUGGGGUUUGGCAAUAUGAAAGAAACGCUAGGAUAUUGAAUUACUACAGAUGGCGUGUGGAACUGACAUUGCUGUUUUGCUUUGCAACAGUAUCUGUCUGCAUCAAAAUGGAAACCUUUACCUAAGUGCAUUUACCCUUUUUUUUUUUUUUUUUCCCCACUAAUGUGUGCAAAUAUCUUAUUUUUAACAGUCAGUGCUGGCAAAAAAAAAACCACUUAUCCUCACUUUGUUUCCCAUCUGUCAAUUAAAAUAAAAGGAAAAUGCCACCAACAAUUCUAUGUAGAAAUGUACCGUACACACCGGAUUUACCCCUUACUGCCCUGUGUCUCUUAACAGCCUAUCUAUCCAAAAUGAAUAGAUCACACUAACAUAACACAAUUCUGUUCAUUCAUGAGCUGCAUGGCACGAUGCACCCAGGGUAACCUUUGCAUAAUCAUAAAUGAAUUGACCUGCCCAUGUGGCGGUAGGGUAGGAAGUGGCUGGCAGAUUUUAAACAAUGAUUUACUAUUGAGUAGCUGGUGAAUUUGAACAUUUGUCAGUGGCUGGUAGAUGUUCACAUUUUAAAAUGUUACUUUCCCACCCUGGAACAGUCAUAUCACAUAAUAUAUGCCAUCUGAUGCCUUUGUCAUGAUCAUUAUCACGAUUUUACUUUAAAUGAGUAUACUGUAAUAUAUAACAUUGCAAUUAAUGAUCUGUGGAGGAAAUUCAAUCAGGCCCGCAGUGCUUUAUAAUGUUUAUUGUAACAGCUUUCUGCUUGCUUUGGAGACUUUUGCUCAACAAGUUGUAGAUGUGACUCCAGUCCUUAAUGUUUCUGUAUACCAUUUCUUCAUCUAGACCACACCCAGUUGGUACCAAUCACUGAUGGGGAAAAUAAAAUGACUGAAAAGCUAAA